AUGGCUUCGCCCAGGCUCGAACUGGGGACCUUCAGUGUGUUAGACUGACGUGAUAACCAACUACACCACGAAACCAAUUCUGAACAAAGUGCUCAAAAUACACAACUUAAUAAAAUUUAACAGUAACACCUAAAAAAGAAAAUUAGCGGGAAAAGCGAAAAUAAUUAUAUUUACAAAUGCUUUUUUUUUUUUUUUUUAUUUGAAGGAAUACAAAUGCUUUCUUUGAACCGGUGAAGUUGGGGUUUCUCCUGCGCAGCUUAGUGUCGGAAAUUAUUAGUUUCGCUUGUUCAAUUCCACUGGUGUUGGGAUUAAUAUGUAUUUUUACAUUGUAGGCCUAAGUAGUUAAGUUAUGGGCUUUAUUGUUUUGUUGUAAUUGUAAUUAGUCAAAGCCCAUACUCCAAUAUUUUUACCUUGUAUAUAUUUUUGCUGAGUGGAAUAACAACCCUAAGGGGGAAUUACCAUUCUCUACAUGGUAUCAGGCUAGAGUAGCCGACAAAAUUCACUCCACCUUUUCCCUUCAUUUUUUUUAUUUUUCCAACGAAAAUUGAUACUUCUUCUCCAUACUAUCUUGGAUCGGGUGAUGGUCCGGGUAAUGUCAUUUCUACUGUUACAUUUCGAGGCAACAAUUAUGAGGAAUGGUCGAGGUCGCAGAAAGUUUGAGUUCAUUGACGGCUCUAUUACAAAACCAACUGAUAAAGAAAGGCUCUUGGAUUGGCGUUGUGUUCAAGCUAUGUUGGUGCAAUGGAUCUUGAAUACCAUUGAUCCUUCGGUGAAGCAAACAAUUCCUUAUUUUGAAGAAGCAGAACCUCUAUGGAACUUGCUCAGGGAUCGUUUCCGUAUUAGCAAUCAAAAACCACCAGUGUGGUUGAUUAUUUUGGUAAAUUACAGGUGUUGUGGGAUGAAUUGGCUUCAUAUGAGCCCAUCCUUGCUUGCUCUUGCGGUGGCUGCACCUGUGGUGGGUGUAAGUGUGAUUUUCCUAAACUUCUUCAAAAACGUUUAGACGAAGAACGCUUUCAUCAAUUUUUGUAUGGAAUUAAUGAGGAACUGGUAAGGUCAAAUUUACUGUCUCAAUAUCCUUUUCCUACUUUGGAUCGUGCUUAUCAAACUCUUAUUCAAGAGGAAAGGCUUCGCAAUUCUUCUCGGGUGCCAUCUGAACGUGAUGAUGUCUUGACUUUUGCCGUUCGAACUGAUGGGACUCGCUAUGGGAAUAAUAGCUAUAAUGGUAGAGACAAGUCUGACUUCAAAUGCUCCUAUUGUGAUCGAUAUGGCCAUGAUGUUAAGAAUUGUUUUUCUAAAAAUGGGUACCCCGCGUGGUGGGGGGAUAGACCGCGUACACCUAGCAGGGGGUCGGGGCGUGGUCGUGGUAAUGUAGCUUCCUCCCAGCAACAGCAACAACACAUGGCAGGAGCUUCUGGUAGGGGUAAAGGAGGUGCCGAAGUGAGGGUGGUAGCUACUGGCAGCCUUGGAGCAUCAUCUAGCAGUGGUGACGCGAAUACCACCUCUCUCCCUGGUAUGACAGCAGCACAAUGGCAGCAAUUUCUUGAUAUGGUUGGUAACGCUAAGGUUAUUUCUGAUGAGCGUUUGAUAGGUGAGUCUCUUGAAACCUCUUGGAUAAUAGACACAGGGGCCUCAAAUCAUGUUACCUGUAACCUGAAAUUUUUGAGUAAUGUGGUGGAAAUCACAUCUUGUCCUAUUGGUCUUCCUGAUGGGAAGAAAGCUCACUCAACAAAGCAAGGCCAAGUUCGUCUUGCUCAUGGAUUAACUUUGCAAAAUGUUCUCUAUGUCCCCCAGUUAAAUUGCAAUCUAAUUUCAAUAACUCAAUUGACUGAUGAUACUAAAUGUGUUGUACAAUUCACCAAUAAUUUGUGCGUCAUACAGGACCCAAACCGUAGGACGCUGAUUGGAGCAGGUGAACGAAGGGACGGACUCUACUACUUUUGUGAUGUACCAAAGGUUCGUGCUUUGGUUGUGGGUGAUCACUCUACUCCAGAAUUGUGGCAUCAGCGUUUGGGACAUCCUUCUGACAAAGUGGUGCAGUCACUUCCUGUAGUGGUAUGGCUAGUGGAGGAAGCGAAUUUUAAGGCGACAACAGAGCUGUUUUCUAGAAAAGGUGAUGGCAAGACUUUGGACAGUUUCAUACCUAAGUCUGAAAGUGAUUUUUUAGAAUAUGCUGAACUGAUUUCUCAUAAGCUUCGUCCGUAUGAGAAAAGUUACCACUAUGUUGGGUUACUAAAAGCAGUAAUGAGGCUGUCAACAGCCUCUUUAAAGGCUGCAAAUGCAAAGGAAGUUGCCGCCUCAGUUACAGCAAUUGCAAAUGAAAAAUUGAAGGCAGAGAAAGAUGCCAAUGCCGGUAAAAAGAAAACAGGCUUAAAGAAAAAGCAGCUUCUUGUUGAUAAGCCUGAUGAUGAUUUGGCUGUUGCUGGCUACGAUGAUAAUGAUGAUUAUGAUUUCAUGUGAGCACAUAAUGAUUCAUAUAUUCAAGCAUUCAAGCUGAAUCCUUUGAUUGUUCGAGAUUGUGAAAAAAAUUUCAAGUCUCUUCUCCACACCAACUUUGGUAUACACUAUUCGGUAUAUAGUUAUGUAACUUACGUUAUGUCUGGAUUGGAGAUGAAGACCGAAGAGAUAUCCUCAAGGAUAGCGUCACAUUGCCCAGUUGAAUUCAGCUGGUGCUCCUCGUUUGGAACUGAAUUUUUGUAUGCUAGCAUAAUUAUUCUGUAACGAUUAGUUUAUACAUCGAUUUUGUGCAAACCUGUAUUUGAUUGGUUCACACAAGUUGAUUGCUACUUAUAAAUUAUACGGAGUAAUAACCAA